CCCUUUUCCCUUUUCCCUUUUCCCCUUCCCCCCUUACCUUUAGGAAACAAACUACAACCCACUCCUUCCUCCACCAAAAACCUCCAACUACGAAACGAGUACUAGUACAGUACACGCCAAAAAGCCAAUAUCACACCACUCAGCGAAGCUCCUACGUACGAACUACAAAGUACAGUACUCAUACUUACAUGCACUACGUAUAUCACUUUCUCCACUUCGUCCAAAAAAACUCCACACUACUACUUGACUACUACUUGAACGACACUACUCGACGGAGACUACAUCACGCUACACCUCACUACUGCUCACACCACACUACGUACAGCAUCACGCACCUACACACACCACCAUACACACCACACCACUUCCAUCUCCCCACCCCGCUGCUCGAAUAAAAAGGCGCCUAACCCACGAACCCGGCUGCUAAACCCGCUAAUCUUCGUCUUGGCCUCUGGUCAAUCUUUACCGGUGGCUUUCCUAGUCAGGGCUGCAAUCGACGGCUUUGCGCAAAUACGACCCACGUCCCGCCCGCCGGCUUCUUAUAUCCAUCUCUUAGACUUGGAACCUUCCCUCUUCCUGUCUUAACCUGCCUGCCACCAAACUACGAAACGCGGGCUUUGCUCAGAAGAACUCUUUCAUAUACACACCCCAAGAUCGACCUGAAAGGUGUGGAGAGCUUCUCUCGCGAACUGUUUUAGCACGUCCUUGGUGUCUAUACAGCAUCUCAUCUAGUAAUUCAUAUCCCGCCACCCUCGGCGCAUACUCGACGAAAUACGUUGAAACGCGCGACCAAGAAGACAAAGGCACCGCCGUUGUCAAGACGGCAUCGAGCACACUCGGCGCAUUCGCGAAGACAGGUCCACCGCUCUAUGGAGCGUGGCGCAUCCGAAUUCUCGCGCUCAGGUUUGAAUACGCCCUAUACACCAACGUUUAACGACGCGUCCGUCGACUCCCCCGCCGAACACCAGUCCACCACGAGCUAUCCCGCUCAAGAAGUCCGACCCGUCAACUACUCGGCCUCCGCGACGCCCACGUCCGAGUACAGCGUGAACCCGUCGUCCGCGCGUUCAAGUUCUUUCCCAGAAUAUAUCCAACGUCAAUACUAUCCAUCAAGCAGCCAUAGCGGUAGCAGUGGAGGUAUGGCGCAACCAACAAGUCCGUCUCUGCCUCUGCAAGAUGGCGCUUCAAACCAUCAUGCCCAGCAAAUAAAGUCUGACCAGGAUGUUCCUAUAGAUCCAUCAAUCGCUGCGUCGAGCCCAACAUAUCCUCCCCACGGCAGCCCUUACUCUGCAUACCCACCGCAACAAGAGAUGUCGCACGGCUAUCCCCAGCACCCCGGUGGCCCGAUGUACGCCCAGCAACCCCGCCCCGACUGGGCAGGUUACGGCCAGCACCCACAACAUGGCAUGCCUGCCCCAUACCCGUCAUCUGGUGUGAGUGCCCCAAACUCAGCUGCCCCGUCAGGACCCCGCCCAGGACAACACCCUCUCUCCCAGGUCUACUCUUUCGUCCCGAUUCCCGGUGCGCAACAGCACAAGCGUCCCAGGAGACGUUAUGAAGAAAUUGAGCGCAUGUACAAGUGCGGAUGGAAUGGCUGCGAGAAGGCCUACGGCACACUUAAUCAUUUGAAUGCUCACGUUACUAUGCAAUCGCAUGGCCAAAAGCGCACUCCAGAAGAGUUUAAGGAGAUCAGAAAGGAAUGGAAGGCACGCAAGAAGGAGGAAGACGCACAGCGCAAGGCUGAGGACGACCGUGCCCGUGCCGCCCAAGUCCCCAACCCAGCUGACGGACAAAACCCGAAUGACAGCAACCAGCCUCCUCCUGGGUACCAACAACCUGGGCGCGCUCAGGUCCAGCUUCCACCGAUCGGCUACCAGCCUGGCGCGCAAGUUCCUGGCCAAUACCAGGCCCCAUCCGGCGGCGUCCAGCAACUCCAGGAGUACAGCAAUAGCCACAUGUACUCCGGGUACCCAGCUUCUCCCUACGGGGCCCCAAGCCAGAUGUAUAGCCAACAUAACGGUGCCCCAGCUCCAAAAUACGAGCAACACUAAACGAUUUCUCACGAUCUACAAGACUGCAGCAAACUGGCAUAUGGCCGCUCGUCCAGAGCGGCAGGAGGAACGGCUUACUUAGUUAUGAAGUGCUACUGUAUCAUAUGGGUCACUGAUCGCCCUGUUUUUUUACGACACCAUUGAUCGAUCGUUUUUGUCAUGAUUAUGGGGCCGCAUCUCCUUCAUUAUUGUCUUGGGGGUGCGGCAUUGUAGACCUGCUGCUGCUGCUGUUGCAAUUAUUCGCACACAAACGCGGUCAACCAAUUAUUCCAGUUUUACUGUUUUCCAGUUUUUUGUUGUUUUGCUUGUUUUGAUUUCACUGGCGCAUGAAUGAAUAGUCACUAUACACAGACAGAAAGAAAGGCAAUUGAGGCACUGCCCCAACGUUUUGAGGCGUCACCGUCGCUGUCUCCGCGUUCAUUCUCUCCGCACAGGCUUUCACAUCCCUCCUGCGGCCGCGGCAGACGGCGAUGUGGUUCGACCUUUUGUUUUUUUAUCCUUGACAACCUUUGUCGACAAUUGCACACGCCAGGGUGGUGGUGGACUUUUUUGUCUUGCACGAUGGCCUUUGGGAAUUAUUACUGUUCAGUUUUGAGUUCUUAAUAAUAACGCGAAUCGCUACGCGGACGCUCGCACGCACGCACGCACGCACGUACGCACUCAGCCUCUUAUGGUAUAUAUUUUAGAUUGGGGCCUUGCAAAAGAACGUGGUUUUGAGAGAGUCCGGGUGGAUUGUUGUGGUGAAUCAAGUUGUGCUUUGUUCGUGCUGCUGUGCGUGUAUGUCGUCGUGUGUGUGGCAGGCGUUGGGCGACUUGUUUGUUUGUAAAGCUAGGCAACAGAAUACUUGCAACGAUUCGCGUGCACCCUUAAUGGAGUUUUACA